AAGAAGUAUUUAAAAGGGCAAAAGUAACAAGAUGAUGAAAAGAGAGAUGCACUUAAUUCAUAUUCUUUUCUUGUUAACUCUCUCUCCUUUAGUUUGUGUUAGUGGUGAACAUUUUGUGCUUGUUCAUGGAGCAUACCAUGGUGCAUGGUGUUGGUAUAACGUUGCAACUAUGCUUAAAUCAGCAGGUCAUAAUGUUACAACUGCCGAAUUGGCUGCUUCUGGUAUCAAUCCAAUACAGGUCCAACAGAUUCGUCAAAUUUCACAGUAUUACGAACCUUUGAUCACAUUUAUGAAAUCUCUUCCUCGAAAAGAGAAGGUGAUAAUCGUCGGUCAUAGUAUUGGUGGAGUGUCUACAUCGGUUGCUAUGGAAAAGUUUCCACAUAAAAUUUCUGUUGCAGUUUUUGUUACUGCUUACGUGCUUAGUCAAAAUCUCACAUACCCUACUAUUCGUCGAGAGGAAGCUAUAAGGAUCACUAAUUUAAUGGACAGCAAGCUUUUCUUUUUUGAUGGACCUAACAAACCUGCAACUGCUAGAUUGCUUGGACCGAAAUUUUUGGCGUCCAGGCUGUAUCAAUUAUCGCCACCGGAGGACUUGACCCUUGCAUUGUCCCUGGUGAGACCGGAUCCACUUUAUAAUGAUGUUGAAUUAUUGAAGAAGGAAACAGCAGUUACCAAUGAUAGGAAUGGAAGGGUACCUAAGGUUUUUAUCAUAAGUAAAAGUGAUAAGUUAAUAACAGAAGAUUUUCAGAAGUGGAUAAUUGAGAGAAGUGGUCCAUUUGAUGAGGUGAAAGUGAUUAAGGAUUCUGAUCACAUGGUUAUGUUCUCUAAACCAAAGAAUCUUAGUUCUAUCCUUCUAGAGAUCGCACAGAAAUACUAAUCAUUAAUUAUAAUCAUAUGUGGUAUUCUUGAUUAUCAUGUCCCAAACAAUUAUGUAUAUGAGUUGGGAUUAUAUUUCUAUUGAAUAAGAAAAGUUGGAGUGUCCUUUUGUCAA